AUGGUCGCUGCAACACCCGUCCGCAGGGCAGAUACCAACACCACAUAUUUCUUCACCUUCGGCGACUCCUACAGCCAAACCGGCUUCUACCCAGAAGGCGAGAAACCCACCGCUUCGAACCCCAUGGGCAAUCCAGAACUAGGGACCGGCACAACAACCAACGGCCCAAACUGGGUCGGAUACCUCACCACAGCCGAAAACGCCUCCCUCGUCCUCUCCUACAACCUCGCCCAGGGCGGUGCUACAAUCGACAACUCAAUCGUCUCUUCGUAUGCAGAUGAUCUCGUCGCGCAGGUGGAGACUUUCCAGGAGAAUUAUAGCAGUAAGCCCGAGUCUGCGCCGUGGACGGGCAAAGAUGCCGUUUUUGGGUUUUGGUUUGGGAUUAAUGAUGUUGGAAAUGCAUACUCGAGUACUGAUGCAGACACGCUCACGCCCAAGCUAAUCACUCGCUAUCUCUCUCUCGUCGAAAAAAUCUACAACGACGGCGGACGUAAAUUCCUCUUCAUCAAUGUUCCCCCCACAGGUCGCACUCCGAUGUUUCUCGAUCAAGGCGAUGAGGCAGUGAAGCAGCUCGGUGCGUAUGUUGAAACAUUCAACAAGAAUCUCGAGGCGAAGGUAAAGGAGUUUAACGCGAACCAUACCGAUACCACAACAGUCGUCUACGACUCUUGGUCCUUCAUGACCAAAAUCCUAGACAGUCCCAGCGAAUACGGAUUUCCGAAUGCAACAUGCAUCAACGACGAUGGAAGCAGCUGUGUGUGGUGGAAUAAUUACCACCCCGGAUUCAAGUAUCAUAAGCUGCAGGCGGAGGAUAUGAAGCCGAAAUUGGCUUCUUUGGGGUGGUGA